AUGUCUAACUGGAAGCCCCCCAAGUUUGGCUCCCCGGUUUGGCUGGGCAUAUCAGCCAAGGACGUGUCUCGGGCCGAACAAUUCUACGCGACCGUCUUCAACUGGACCUAUCGAGACGUCCCCGCCAGCGACGGCCAGUCUGACCAAACCAAGACCCGCCUCUUCGACUUCAAUCCCGAUGUUUCGCUCAGUGGCGGGCUCCUGCACCAGCCUGCAAAGGCGAUUCCCGGCGCGCCCGCCGCCGGCCCCGGUGGUACCUGUGUGUUCUGGCUGGUUGAGGACGUGGACAAGAUUGCCACGGUAAUUGAGCAGGCCGGCGGAAAGAUGGUUGGGAGUCAGGAGCCCAUCAAGGAGGGGAAGUCGGGUCUAUACAGGUAUUUUGAGGAUACUGAGGGGAAUGUUGGCGCCGUGUAUCAGUUCUUGGGGAGCUCUUGA